UCCUGUUUUUCUCACAGGGUUUUUCUUUCUUCUGCGAGGUCUGGCAAACCUCGCAGAAACAAGAAAACCCACAACAACCCAUCUUCUUAUAAUCUCUCUUCUAUCUUCCCUAAUUACUAGUUAAUUACAAUCUUGUUCUUAAAGGUAGAUGUGAAAUGGAGGUACAUCCCAGGGUGAACUCUGUGUUACCCAAGAGGCUAUGGAAUGUGUUGAGGGUCACCUUCUUUAUGAUCAGGAAGGGAUUGGUUUCAAAGAGGAAGUUGAUCUUGGACAUGAAUCUCAUGAUGAAGAGAGGGAAGCUUCUAAGGAAGUCUUUGAGCAAUCUACUAUGCCACCACCACCACCACCCAAGAAACAUGGCACGCGGUAGCUAUGGCUUACAGGAGUAUGAGUUCUCUUGCAGCAACAGCCCAAAUCCUGUUUUUUUCCACGUGCCAAAGCGCAAACACCAUUACUUCCCUUGCAUCAAUCACCCUGAGGUCAUCGAAGAAGAAGAAGACGCUAAUAAUGCAGCACUGAUUAUGGUGCCAAAGACCCCUGAGUACACCUUCAACUUAUUACAUCAUCUUGAUGCCUCUGAUUUCGCUCCAGGAGAGAAGCGCAGCCCUUUCCCUUCACCCUUCUCUGUAAGGGUAUCGAAUUAUUCAUCAGAAGAUGAGAACGAUGGCGGAAUAAAUGGACAGGUAGAUGAUGAAGCAGAGGAAUUCAUCAGAAGGUUUUAUGAGCAGCUUAGGUUGCAAAGUCGCAUGCAGUUGCUGCAAUAUCAGGACAGGAACUAACUACUGAAUUUCUAUCAUGAUCAUCUUCAUUAAUCACCACUAUGAAAACCCAUAUCUGCUUUCAUUGCUACUAUUACCAGACCAUUAAUUCCACCUUUGGAAAAUCUUCAUGUCUGGAAAGAUUGAUUGGUUUUUAUGGACUGUUUCAUUAUUAUGUAUAUUUUGUGAGCUUUCAUUAAUGAUUUGUUUUCCUA